CUUUUGUUUCCACUUCCUUAACAAAAUGAGCACCGCUUCGGACAAGUCGUCUGGCUUCAACUGGCGCCCGUUCGUUUACGGCGGCCUCGCUUCCAUGACUGCCGAGAUCUUCACGUUCCCGAUCGACACGACCAAGACGCGCCUGCAGCUCCAAGGCCAGCAAGCAGCUGCAGCCUCAGCCUCAGCCUCAGCAGCCUCGCAGCAGGCAGUCGCAGGCGCAACGCGGUACCGCGGCAUGCUCCACUGCGGUUACACGAUCGCCAAGGACGAAGGCCUGCUCCGGCUGUACCGCGGAAUCAAGCCAGCACUGUUGCGUCAAGCCACGUAUGGCACAAUCAAAAUCGGCGUGUAUCAGUCACUCAAGAAGGCCGUCGUGAGCGAUCCCAAAGACGAGUCCAUCCUGGUGAACAUGGGCUGCGGCGUGAUUGCUGGUGCCUUCUCAUCGUCGUUGGCGACUCCCACGGAUGUGUUGAAGGUGCGAAUGCAAGCCCAAAGUUCUCGACCGCCCUACCGUGGCCUUGUGCAUGCCUUUUCGACCAUUUUCAAGGAGGAGGGCGUUGUUGGUCUUUGGCGUGGUGUCAUUCCAACUGCUCAACGAGCUGCUGUUAUUACCUGUGUCGAGCUUCCCGUGUAUGAUGCAGCCAAAAAGGGGCUUAUUCGAAGCGGCCAUAUGCAAGACAACAUUUACUGCCACUUUGCAGCGAGCUUCAUCGCGGGAUUUGCUGGGUCGGUUGCCUCCAACCCCAUCGAUGUUGUCAAGACGCGGCUGAUGAUGCAGUCAACUGGAACGCAACUGUACUCGGGUGCGCUCGAUUGCGUCCGAAAGACUGUCCAACGCGAAGGCGUUUUUGCGCUGUACAAGGGCUUCAUUCCCGGCUACCUGCGAUUGGGGCCCUGGAACAUUGUGUUCUUUUUGACGUACGAGCAACUCAAGAAGCUCGAUGUUUGAGCAGUUCGACAAUUUCACUGGUCAGCAGCAGCUCAGGCUCCAAGAAUGAAACAAACCACUUGCACACGAGCACAUCAUUCAAAUUUAAAAACCAAUGUAUUAAGAAUAGCGUUACAGCGGAGC